AUGCUCCGCAAUAAUCUCCUCACCAAUGUAUCAGAGAACCGUCUCUGCACUGCUCUCGGAAUCAAACUGGUGGCGGAGACUGAGGCCGUGUGUCUCGCCAAAGCGGCCGGCUACGACACCGUCUUUAUCGACCUUGAACACUCGGUUCUGUCAGAAAGGGACGCCAGUCGGCUGUGCUCGGCUGCCCUUUCUGCUGGUAUUACUCCUUUUGUGAGAGUCCCCUAUCAAUGCGGCCAGGGUUAUGUGCAACGGAUACUCGACGAGCAAGCAAGAGAAGCGGUGGCCUACACCAAGUUCCCACCCAAAGGCAGAAGAUCUUUGACGGCCGCAUUACCGCACUUUGGGUUCGACCGGGUAGCGGCGAAGGACGUCAUUGAGCGGCUGAACGAUUUCGGCUCGACGGUGUUCCUCUUAAUCGAGACGAGAGUAUCCCUCGACAAUAUUGACGCCCUUGCUGCGUUAGAGGGUGUCGAUGUUUUACUGGUUGGUGCCAACGAUCUGUCUUUGGAACUCGGCAUCCUGGGUGAAUGGGAACACCCGACCUUUCAGUCAGCCCUCGCGAAGAUCGCCGGAGCAUCACAGCGUGCAGGGAAGAUCUUCGGCAUCUGUGGCCUCUACACAAGACCGGACAUAUACAGAAUGGCGGUAAGGGAUCUGGGUGCUCGCUAUGUUCUGGGCAACGUCGAUCUAGGCCUGUUGGCCAUGUCCAUGAGAAAGAAUGUGGAGUUGUUGCGUAACAUCGACACCACCGCCGCGGACUCGAGCAUGGACGAAUGA